CAUCAACUUUUAGCUUUUGCUAAUGAGUUCUGACGAUGAAACUUCAAGCCCAACGACGACGUUUGUCAUCUGGUCAGUGUCAGCGACCGGCGACCGGCCACGAUAACUAUAAGCUUCACACAAGUUGAUUACAUUUCGCUGUUCCAGUCUUCCAGAUUCAGAAGAUCCGAGAAAAUCCUCAAACCCCAAUCUGACAUUCUCGGAAGUAAGAGAUGAUUGACGAUCAAGACUUGGGUUUUAUUGCCAAUUUUCUUGGCAUUUUCAUUUUUGGUCUGGUUAUAAUACACCAUUUGGUCACAGCCGACCCAAAAUAUGAAGGCAACUAGGAUGAUAGAUGUUUAUAAUUCGGAUAGAAGAGAGAAGAUAGGUAAAGAGGGAGAGGAAGAGGGAUCAAGAGACAAGAAGGGGUUUAGAGGAGAGAAGAACAGAGAAGAAUCCAAGAGAGAACAGAACAGAGGAGGUUUAAUCUGAAUAGUAUGCUGAGUAUUAUUAUUCAAGUCACAAACUGAAUUUACGAGUAGGUAUCUAUUUGUAGUCUUAAUAUCUAACUAACUUUACAACGUCUUUCUCUGUCACUUACGUUUAUUAUGAUUAUACAUCAUAGGAACUGGGAGUUGGAUUAACUGUGAAAAUUUGAUAUGAUAGAGGGCUGGAAGUAUGAAUAAAACAUCUAUAACCAAUCAUUCCUAUUCAUAUAAAACACGAGAAAUCUUGAUUUCUAUAAUUGGUUAGAGCACUUUAGAAAGUCACCCUUGAUAGCAUUGGCA